CCGAAACGAUGUCGAUUAAAAACAUCAUCCCAAAAUCUGAUGGAGCAACUGUUACAAUUGUUGAUUUAAGCUGUUCAUCAUUGUUCGGACCACUAGAUAUACAAUUCGAGUUAACUUGCCUCAGCGAUUGGUGCAGAACAGAAGCACCUACAAAGUUUAAUAGGUCGUAUAAUCCAACUAAUUUUAACUUCGAUGUAAGUGGCUCUUCCAUUCUACCUUUCACAAAUUAUGCUAUAGCGGUAAUAAUUCACAGAUAUACCGUUAGGAAUGCUGUUGACUAUAAGGAGUUUAAAACUCUACCCUCAGUUGCCAAUAAAAUUUAUGGCUUAGAGAAGUACAACAAUAGUAAGAACUCAAUUUCGUUACGCUGGAAACCACCGUACCCUCCCACUGGAAUUUUAGACAAAUAUUCUAUUCUAUACGCCACAAGCAGAACAGGAAUAGAAUAUGUACCUGUUACAGAAUGGUCAGAAUGUACAUUUUGGAAAGGGUAUCAUUGUGCAACGAUAGAUGAACAAAUUUCCUUCAAAAAUGCAUACCGGAUACAAGUUUCUGCAGUAAAUAAGGAUCAAGCAAAUGGACCCUACUCAGAUCCCAUUAAAGUAUAUAUAGGAGAACAGGGACCAUCCAAGGUAUAUAACUUGGAAGCUAUUUGGACGCCAAAAAAUGAUUUAAAUAUUUCAUUUUACCAUCCCAACGAUACUAAUGGAGAACUUCGAAGCUUUGAAAUAAUAAUUAACGAUAAUGAUAGAUUUCCGAUAAGGCAAUUUGUUACAGAAUAUAUGCCUAUAUACCAAUAUCAAAUUGAUUCUCCGCCAUUUAUGAAAUGCAACACUUUAAGACUGAAAGUUCGAGCCCAUAAUAUAUAUAAUAAAGGCGAAUUCUCAUUUAUUGCUGUUGAUACACCGCCAUCCUUACCGAAAAAUAUUGAAAGCAUUGUGAGGAACAGUACCAAUACUACAAUAACAUUGGAAGUUAAAAUACGACAAAAAAGCAGAGUAGACAGUUGUAGUAUUUAUACUUUAAAUCCCUAUGAAGUAGAUGAAUUAGAACUCUUUUUUUAUAAAUUUGCUUCGGAAAAUCAUUUGAAAUUGGUGAACACAUCUUUAAAUAUUAAUUCAACCAUCAAUUUUGUUAUUGGAAAAAAUGAUAGUACCAUCAAUUCUCCUUUGGAUCCAGGAACAAAUUAUACUAUAACAGUAGUUCUAGCAAAUACCUGUAAUAAUAUAACUCGAAUGGCAAGGGAAAAAAUAUUUGUACGAACCAAGGGUGAUCGAGUUUUACCCGUUGUGAAAAUUCCUACUCAUGGAAGAUCUAGAAAGAUUGUGACUCCUGGAAGAUCCAGAAAUAUUGUAAUGAAUGUUCUAUGGGGUGUUCUUGCAUUAUUACUACUUUGCGAUAUUGGUCUUUUUUGUUAUCUCGUGAAGAAAUAUCCUAAUUGUCGAAAUAUAUGGAGACGGCGACAAUCUAAUGAAUAUUUGGAUGUUUUUGCCGAUAUUUCACCAAUUACUACUUCAAAUGAUGACGUCAGCAGACCAGGUACAUCAGGGCAGGCAAGCAGACCAGGGCAGGCAAGCACAUCAGAUCAGGCAAGCACAUCAGGCCAGGCUAGCACAUCAGGCCAGGCUAGCACAUCAGGCCAGGCAAGCACAUCAGGUCACGCAAGUACAUCAGGUCAGGCAAGCACAUCAGGUCAGGCAAGUACAUCAGGACACGCAAGUACAUCAAGGCACGGCAAUUCAUCACGACCCAGAAAUGUAGAAGCUAUCGAGUUAAAGACAUUUGAUAAUAAAUCCGGUACUAGUCAAUGUUUCCAGAGGAAGCGGGAUAUUUCGGCGCAUUCACCGCAGUUACCACGCCAACGACCACUUCCAGAUCCACGAAGACAAUAAUUUGCCAUAAGUCAAGAUUCCAUUUCAACAGCAACAAUAAUUCCAAAGCAAACUCAAAUAUCGGAUAAUUUUAAUGAAAAUUG